AUGUCUUCCAACGACCAUGAAGAAAAGCCCGAGGGCAUCUCUAGAUAUCUCGAGCGCAUGAAGAGCGUCCUUCGUUCUCGGUCAACCAGACGGCAAUCUCUCGCUGCGGAUGUCACUACAGCGGAAUCUUCGUACGAUAUAUCCUUUCCCAAUUCAGUAUAUAUACUUGAAAGUCCACUGACUCUGUCUUGGUAUAGUGUAUCGGUAUCAAACCCGCCAGCAACAGCGACACCCAAAGCAAAGGCUCCAGCUCCAGCGCAAGAACCCAGCAUCCCACAGCCAGUCAUGAUCGCCGAUUACAGUACCACCCAGCACGAAAAGGCCCGCACUCUCUUCGCCAAAUAUGGCCUGGCGCUCAACCAAGCCGACUUGAAACCACACUCGGACCUGCAACUAAUCCGAGUCACGAAACCCAUCCGCAUGCGAGUGCAUCGCACCUGCCACCGCUGCGAAACCACCUUCGGCGCAGAGAAAUUAUGCAUCAACUGCCAACACACCCGCUGCACAAAAUGUCCCCGACACCCACUUGCCAAGAUUGAAUCCUCUCGCAAGCCCAAGCUUCCAGAGCCCAGCAUCCCCCAGUCCCACAGUCUCUUCAAAGAACAGCACCUGGGUCUUGGCCGCAAGUUAGACCAGCCGUUGAAGAUUCCCUCGCCCCCGAGCGGGCAGAACUACGUCCAGAAACCGAUGCGCCAGCGCGUCCACCGCUACUGUCACUUCUGCACAAUGGCCUUUGCUCCGGGCUCGAACGAGUGCUCUGAUUGCAAUCACACUCGCUGCAAGAUCUGUCCGCGGGACCCGGCCAAGCUAGAUAAACAUCCUAAUGGAUAUCCGGGCGAUGCGGAACCGCCGAAAACGAGACCGAAUCGUACGUUCCGGAAGACUCGUCGCAGGGUUCAUUACGAAUGUCAUGUCUGUGCGACUAGGUAUCAGGGACCAUCGGGGAUUUGUUCGAAAUGUGGCCAGGUGAAGGGUACUGAGAGUAUACGGAUCCCGCCUAAAAAGAUCAAACCAGAACCUAACCCUGAGACUGUCCGGAUUAUUGAAGAGAAACUUGCAAGUCUGUUGAUUUCACGAGCAGAAACUGCGAAAUCAGUUGUGAAAGCAGGAGCUUGA